GGAGACCGGCCGCGGCCAGCAGGAGGAAGAGCCGGCGGCGGCCGGGCGGGAGCGCAGCGAGGACGCGCGGCAGCACCCCUCGGCGCGGGCCCCCGCCGCCCAGCCCGCCGCCCAGCCCGCCGCGGCCGCCCGCGACCGGAGCGGCCGCCGCCCGCCCGCGCCCCCGCCGGGGCCGCUCCCCGGCAGCCCGAAGAUGCCGUCGCCCGAGGAGGAGGAACGCGAGCGUCGCCGCUGCCGCCGGAGGGACCUUCUGCUGAGCCAGCUCUGCUUCCUGGCCUUGGUGGCGCUGCUGCUCUGGUCGCUGGCGAGCAUGCAGGCGAAUAAUGACCUUGACUUCAUGGACCUCGUAGGGGAAGACAGAAACUGGAUAGUGGGAAGGAAGUUAUUGCAGAUGAACAACACUGUAACUUCAGAAGACGCGGGACUCCAGAGCAGCAAGAACUGCACUGAACCAGCCCUGAAUGAAUUCCCCAAUGACAUCUUCACCAAUGAGGACAGAAGACAGGGAGCGGUGGUUCUCCAUGUGCUCUGUGCCAUGUACAUGUUCUACGCACUGGCCAUUGUAUGUGAUGACUUCUUCGUCCCCUCCUUGGAAAAGAUCUGUGAGCGCCUGCACCUCAGUGAAGAUGUGGCCGGGGCCACAUUCAUGGCAGCGGGCAGUUCAGCCCCAGAGCUGUUCACAUCAGUCAUAGGCGUCUUCAUCACCAAGGGUGACGUGGGAGUUGGGACCAUCGUGGGCUCGGCAGUGUUCAAUAUUCUGUGCAUCAUUGGUGUCUGUGGGCUCUUCGCAGGGCAGGUUGUGGCUCUUUCCUCCUGGUGCCUGCUGCGGGACUCCAUUUACUACACGCUGUCCGUGGUCGCACUCAUCGUGUUCAUUUAUGAUGAAAAGGUUUCCUGGUGGGAGUCACUAGUCCUUGUGCUGAUGUAUCUUAUCUACAUUGUCAUCAUGAAAUAUAAUGCUUGCAUACAUCAGUGCUUCGAAAGGAGGACGAAAGGUGCUGGAAACAUGGUCAACGGCUUGGCCAACAACACGGAGAUUGACGACAGCAGCAACUGUGACGCCACCGUGGUGCUUCUCAAGAAAGCCAAUUUUCACCGCAAAGCAUCAGUGAUCAUGGUAGACGAGCUACUGUCAGCCUACCCACACCAGCUUUCUUUCUCUGAGGCUGGCCUUCGAAUCAUGAUCACGAGCCACUUUCCCCCCAAGACCCGACUCUCCAUGGCCAGUCGCAUGUUAAUCAAUGAGAGACAAAGACUGAUCAAUAGCAGGGCUUAUGCCAAUGGAGAAUCUGAAGUGGCCAUAAAAAUCCCAAUUAAACACACCGUAGAGAAUGGGACAGGGCCCAGCAGUGCCCCUGAUAGAGGUGUAAAUGGCACCCGAAGGGACGAUGUUGCUGCUGAGGCUGGAAAUGAGACAGAGAAUGAGGACAAUGAGAACAACGAGAAUGACGAAGAGGAAGAAGAUGAGGAUGAUGAUGAAGGACCAUACACACCAUUUGACCCCCCCUCUGGCAAACUGGAAACAGUGAAAUGGGCAUUCACCUGGCCACUGAGUUUUGUCUUAUACUUCACUGUACCCAACUGCAACAAGCCCCGCUGGGAGAAAUGGUUUAUGGUGACAUUUGCCUCCUCCACGCUAUGGAUUGCAGCUUUCUCCUAUAUGAUGGUGUGGAUGGUCACCAUCAUUGGUUACACUCUGGGAAUUCCUGAUGUCAUCAUGGGAAUCACCUUCCUGGCAGCUGGAACCAGCGUGCCCGACUGCAUGGCCAGCCUCAUCGUGGCCAGACAAGGCAUGGGGGACAUGGCUGUGUCCAACUCCAUUGGGAGCAACGUAUUUGACAUUCUCAUUGGCCUUGGUCUCCCCUGGGCCUUGCAGACCCUGGCUGUGGAUUACGGCUCCUAUAUUCGGCUGAACAGUAGGGGACUGAUUUACUCCGUGGGCUUGCUCCUGGCCUCUGUCUUUGUCACGGUGUUUGGCGUUCACCUGAACAAGUGGCAGCUGGACAAGAAGCUGGGGUGCGGGUGUCUUUUCCUGUAUGGUGUGUUCCUGUGCUUCUCCAUCAUGACGGAAUUCAACGUGUUCACCUUUGUGAACCUGCCCAUGUGCGGCGACCACUGAUCCGCCCACAGAGGCUCGGUUCCUUCUUUUCUGUGCAAUACAAGACCCGGCCGCACCCCAAGUCACAUGGGCCCCCAGGGCCGGGGUGUCCGUCUCUCCCCCUGUUCACAGGCCUCCGCUCCUGCCUCGGUGGCCCAGGCUCUCUCAGCCCCUCCCCACGCUCCCCCCUUCCUGGGGUCCUCCCUGCCACCUACCCCUUCCUACUCCUUCCCUCCUCCUCCAUGUGAAGACUUCCGACAUUCACGUGAACUUUCAAGCUCCAUUUUUGAACAGUGACUGAGAUACUAGAAAAACUGGCUGCUAACUGGCCCAAGCCAGGCAAAACUUAUUACAAUCCCUCCUCCUUUUUUAAGUUAUUGGGUGGAAGACUAACCUAAUUUAUGACCUGAGACUGUCGAAGAAAUAGAGAGGAGAGGAUCCAUUGAUUAUAGGUAGCGUUUGGGAUUUUGUUAUGUUUUGAGGUGAUUCCUAGGUUACUGGCUUUGGGGGUGUUUCGCUUUAAGGGAUGCCCCCUUAUAUUCUUUUUCUUUCAGAGAUGGAGAGCUUCUCUUGCAUCUUCUUUCACUGGGCUCUGGACUAAUCGAUCCACAGGGUGUCCCUGCUGUGUCUUCCGGGAUCAGAUCCCAGGCACGUUGGCGUCUGCAUGGAUUUAGUGCUUAUUAGCGCAACAGCGGGCGAGGGCACCAGGAACAAAUGCAUGUCAUUUCAUGCCCAAGGGUGCCUCCCUACCAUCCGAUAGGCGUAACCUAGGGGGUGCGAGGGUUUUUAGGGAGAAGACAACUUUCCAUGUGUCCAUUAUGACCAUCGCUUUCCCACUAGGUUCUUUCUAGUAUUUCAAAGCAAUAGUUCCAACCUGCCUGAGGCCUUUCACGAGGGGCCCUGGUUAAACUAUCCAUCCACAAGGUAACAGGCAGUGAGUGACAGAAGCUUCCCAACCUGUGAGUACUUGAGAUGUGCUCUCAUUCUUGGGAUCGGGGUGACAGGGAGUGACCCAGAGGGAGUGACCCAGAGGCCACCACUGCUUUCCAUGCAGGAGUUACAGACACUGGUUUCUUGGAAAAUGGAGAGAAGCGCACUUUGCACAGAUGUCGUCAAUAAAGUCCCAAUUUGCCACUCGGUAUUGAGUACACUGGACCCUGACAGCUGGCUCUUGGGCCAACGUCCUUCCUGACCGAAUGCCACCGCCAAGCUGCCACAGUUGCCCCCUCCCUUCCCGGAGGGAUGGCAAGGGAAGGAGAAAACAGAAAACUGACACCUUUGGAACCACAGAAUGUGUUCAAUGCAGACUCGCUCAUGGGCGUAAGUUAUUGUGAAUGUUGUUGCCAAUCACUGCUCAACAACCCUGCUAGAUUUUGUAUGAUGCUGAAUUAUUAUGCAGACUAAUUCCACAAGUUGAGACCCACCCAUGCUUGUUACACUUGUAUUUAUUGAAACUGUGGAUUCUUGCCCGUGCUGUCCCUUGUAUUUACUUUAAGCACUGAUCACUUAUCAUUCAUUCGGUAUGGUUUUUCUCGUCCCUUGUACACAUCCUGGUAUGAAUUGUAAAAAUAACCUGCUACAAAUUGGUUGAAUAUUUCUGUUGAUGGUGCAAACCGAGGCCAGCGUCAGCUGAUGGGGCACCUGCCCGCUGAAGGAACGGGAAGGGAAAUCACCAAUUUGGGCUCUCAGAGCUAAGACACACUUAUUGAUUCUGUUGCACAUUUUGCACUGGUUUAUGGCAAUUGUUUUCUUGGAUGGAUAGUGUAAAAUAAACUUCUCUGUUCU